AGGGCGGCCCCGCACCGCGCCGCGCCACCCCCCCCCCCCUCCCCGCCGCUCGCAUGAGGCGGCGCUAGCGGCCCCCGCGGCAGCCCCCGCGCCCGGCCGCGAAGGAGGCCGGCGGAGGCGGAGGGCGCCGCGGCCAUGAUGCAGUGAGGGCGCCCUCCCUCUCGCCGCGCGGCCGGGCGGGGGCCCGCGUUAGCGCCGCUCCCGCCCGCCUCCUUUACAUAACGCGGCGGAGCCGGGCUGCGGCAGCGCCAUGGCGAAUGACAGCGGCGGCGGGGCCGGGCAGGGCGGCGGCGAGAGUAGCAGCGGCGGUGGCGGGAGCGGCGGCGGCUGCAGCAGCAGCAGCGAGCGGGACCGCCAGUACUGUGAGCUGUGCGGGAAGAUGGAGAACCUGCUGCGGUGCGGGCGCUGCCGCAGCUCCUUCUACUGCAGCAAGGAGCACCAGCGCCAGGACUGGAAGAAGCACAAGCUGAUCUGCCGCGGCGGGGGCGCGGCGGCCGCGGCAGGGGGCGCUGCCGAGCCCCGCGGAGCGCAGCCCCCGCCGCCCCGAGCCCGCUGCGCCGCGGGGAAGGGCGCGGAGCCGCCCCCGGCGCCCCCGGCUGUCCCCGGCCAGGCCGCCCCGCUGCCCGGCGACCGCGCGGCCGCGGCGGGGGGGGAGGCGGAGACCCCCGGAGCGGCGCCGUCCGGGGAGGCGGUGCUGCUGUACCGGGACAAGUCGAACCUGUACCCGGGCGGCGGGCAGGCGGGGCCCGGCGGCGCCGCGCUGCGCCCCAACGGGCAGACCAAGUCGCUGGUGCCGCAGCGGCUGGCGCUGGAGUACAUCGUGCCCUGCAUGAACAAGCACGGCAUCUGCGUGGUGGACGACUUCCUCGGCAAGGAGCUGGGGGGGCUGGUGGCCCAGGAGGUGCGGGCCCUCCACCACACCGGCCGCUUCACCGACGGGCAGCUCGUCAGCCAGAAGAGCGACUCCUCCAAGGACAUACGCGGCGACAAGAUCACCUGGGUGGAGGGCAAGGAGCCGGGGUGCCAGACCAUCCGGCUGCUCAUGAACAGCAUGGACGAUCUCAUCCGGCACUGCAACGGCAAGCUGGGCAACUACAGAAUCAACGGCAGGACGAAAGCUAUGGUGGCUUGUUAUCCAGGCAAUGGAACAGGAUACGUGCGCCAUGUUGAUAAUCCAAAUAGAGACGGAAGAUGUGUUACAUGUAUAUAUUACCUUAAUAAAGACUGGGAUGCCAAGGUAAGUGGAGGCAUCCUUCGGAUAUUUCCAGAAGGUAAAGCGCAAUUUGCCGAUAUUGAACCCAAAUUUGAUAGACUGCUAUUCUUCUGGUCUGAUCGCCGCAACCCUCAUGAAGUACAGCCAGCAUUUGCUACAAGGUACGCAAUAACAGUGUGGUAUUUUGAUGCAGAUGAAAGAGCACGAGCUAAAGUAAAAUAUCUAACAGGUGAAAAAGGUGUGAGGGUUGAACUUAAUAAACCUUCUGAUUCAGUUGGGAAAGACGUUUUAUAAGCCUUUGAUUUAGCAGCUCCCCUUGCUAUUCUCCCUGAUAAAUCUUGAUGCUAUCUAUUAACUUUUGAAUGUGAAUAACAAGAUAAAGGAAAAUCAACAACAAACCAACAUUUUAAUAAAGAAGCAAACAGUGUUUCAAUGUUGCAUCAAAUAGAAGAUUCUUUGACUGCUGAAGCAUUGUACUAUGUGAUUGUGACUCCAGGCCUGUGACUGCUUAUGUGAAGAAGAUAAGCAAUCAGUAAGAAACAGCAUAUGCAUCUGGACAUAAAUAAGUGCCCUACAUAGAAUUUGUCCAUCCUUAUAUUUUGCCAGACCUGUCAUUCAGCUGAAUCCAAUUCAUCUCUCCCUUUUUUUAUAUGGUAAAAAUUUGAAUUUUGGGUAAUUUUUGUAUGACCAGGUACAGUUUAUCAAAAUCGAGUCUUAAAAAAAAAGAAAAACUGAAAAAAAAAUGCAGUAUUCCUCAAAAUAACAUGGAUCUAUUUUUGUAAAACUGUUCAUACUGUUCUCCUUUGCCAUGAAAGACCUAAUCUAAUGUAAGGGUUGCCAGUAACUGAAAUCACUUUAAUUUUCUUUACACCUUAAGUCAGAAAAGGAGCACUUUAAUUACCAGCUAAAAAAUCUGAUUGUUUUAUAUCAUAUCUCACACUAAUCUUAACUUAUAAAGAUUGCUGCUGUAUUGGUUUUUUUUUUUUUUUUUUACUAUAUCCUCUUGAACCUUAUUAACAGAAGCAAAUCAGUAUCUCACUAUUAGUAACAUUCAGUUUGUGGUUUUAUAUGUUGAAUCCACAGAGGGGAGGUUUCUGCCUCUUUGUCUUUUUGGUUUGUUUUUGUUCUGGGUUUUUUUGGGGACUGGGGGAAUGUUCUUUUUUUAAGUGACUGGCACUAAGUGAACUUGACACUAUCAGUUGCUGUCAUUGGCUUUGGGAACUUAGUAAAUACCAUCAAGCAACAAGAGUAUUCAAGGGCUUUCCUAGGCUAUUAGAGGUACCCAGAACCUCCUUAUGUACUUGACAAAAAAUUUUGAGCUUUCUCCCUUUUCUGAAGAAUACUCGCCACCUUCCUUUCCUUUGUAUAUAAGUUAAUAGAAAAUCUAAAAUUCACUUUUAAAACGUCCUUUUCAAAUGUUGGUGUCCCAUGCAGUCUACCAAUUGACACCUUGAUCUAUUAUAUAGUAUCAAGGAGAUGGUCAGCAUACAGAAGCUGAAGUGCAUCACUGCAGGCUUCUUGUGCAAUGCAUCUUUAGGUUUUCACAGUGCUGAAGGAUUUCCCCAAAAAGGCAUUGCCCUUUGAUCAAUACUGAGGUAUAUCUUUAGUAAGAAAACCUUUAUUUUCUUUUUAAAUUGUUUUCAUUUUAUUGAGGAGAGGGGACAUCACAAAAUAGAAGUGAUAUGUGCAGAAACUUUGAUAUUCUUAUUUUUAAGAAAUUAAUGUUUUGGACACACAAUUUUCUUUCUUUUAUUUUUUUUUUUCUUUCCUGAGCUUUAAAAGCUUGAUAAAACAAAAACAAACCUAUAAAAGUCAGCAUUCCUAUUUACAGGAGUCUAGGGGUUGGUCAGCAUACCUGCUGCAGUUUUCUAUCUGUCCCUUAUUUCCUUACUUAGCCAAAACAAUGUGAGUGUACAGAAAUAUUUCUGUAUAUAUUACAACUUGUGACAAUUUUAGCAUCUGUAUAGUUUGUAUUCAAUUAGAGGCCUUUUCUAUGGAAAGCUCAGUAAUUUUUUAUUAAAAAGAUUACUAUUGUUCAUGUAAAACAUGAAAAAGCUAAUUGUUUAGUAACAAACUGACAGAAUGGGGGAAAAAAAUUGGUAUAUUAUUUA